AUGCAUACGUGCAAGCCUGUAAGUACACUGUUAGCUCCUCAUUUUAAACUUUCAGAGUUACAAAAGCCUCAGUCCGAAGAUGAGGUGGAGCAUAUGUUAAAGGUUCCUUAUGCCAGCGCAGGAGCUUCUGAUAUUGGUCUAACCUUUCAAAAAGGUGGUGGAGGUAUUUCAAUUCUCGGUUAUGUGGAUUAUGACUAUGCAGGGGAUCUUGACAGAAGGAGGUCCACAACUGGAUACAUCUUUGCUCUUGUUGGCAGUGUUGUUAGUUGGAAAUCGACUCUGCAGUCGAUUAUUGCUUUGUCUACGACAGAAGCAGAAUACAUGGUAGCAACGAAGGUGGUGAAAGAAGCUAUCUGGUUGAAAGGUUUAGUGGUGGAAUUGAGUUUGGUUCAGUAG